CUCAUCUUCCUCGCGCGAGCGCGGCCACCCCUCCCUCCCCAUCCCGCUGCCGGGCGCCGCAGACCCCUGCCUCGUCUCCUCCACCGUAGGUAUCUAUCUCCCAUUCGAUUCUCUCGGUCCCGACCUCCCAUCACCCCACGAGGCCACGAACCCUUUAGUUCCCCGUCAUAAUCUUCCCCAAUUCGUAACUGAGGCAAAAAUCAAGGUAGGGGGGCCGCCCUACCUUGCCCUACCGGGUCCUCCGCCCGUGAGGACAUGGUGAUCCUGGAGGUGGAAAACAGAUUGCAUGUGGAUCCAUGUUAUUAGCUAGCGAAACCAUAUUUGUGCAGUGAUUAGAUGUGCCUGGUGUCCGUGUUUGUGUUUCUUGCUUCGAUGUGAUAGCUCAUGAGAACUUUACAUCUCUUGAUAACUGCUGAUUAUCUUCUUCUUUUUUGCGAACAAAUUGCUGACCGUCUUCAGUUCAAUAAAGAUGUUAGAAUUUAGUUUUUUUUUUGCUAUACUUUGGUGUUAGUUUGUAUGGAAUUCUACAGUAGGAACUUAAUGCCAUGUGCUGUAAUUUGUGGGAUAUCUUCUCUAGCGGCAUCGAUAGAGGGUUUUGCUCAUCAGAAGUGUGCAUCCAGAUUGUGCAGUUGCGUAUUUUCUUGGCGUUAGACAAGUUGGAAUAGCUAGUAAGGAUGAGAUAUUUUGGGUUUUAUAUGCAGAUGUAUUUGAUUGAAAAUUCAGCAAGAUUUUCUAAUCCUUACUGCAACAGAAUGUCACGCAAGACCCUUUCCAUGUGAUAUUUGAGUUACAAAUAAAAAUGGAAAUGGUGUGGCAGAAACAACGACAAGAAUUAUGGGACGGAGGGAGUAUAUCUCAUUGCAUAAUCAUUUUUUAGGACCCAUAAAAAUGGAAAUGGUUUGCUUUACUCAUUUUUUAGGAUUAAUACAUUUGGCCAUUAACCUUCUCAAUUCUCCCUCCGUCGCAUAAUGAAUCCACUAAAACAACGACAAGAAUUAUGGGACGGAGGGAGUAUAUCUCAUUCCAUUCAGGCAUAGUAGAGCCUGUGAUGGAAAAUGGAAAUACAUUGCAUAUGGAACCCCUGUGCUAGCUAGCAAAACCAGAAUUGCGCAUUCAUUAGACAUUUGUGUUUUUGUUCCUUUCUUUGAUAUCAUAGCUUGAUGAGUUUACCUUUGAAUCCUCUCUUGCUCAUUGUCUUCAGUUCAAUGAAGACACUGGAAUUUGUGCAUUAGUUUGUAUGAACUUUGGCAGGUAGAAACUUAAUGGUGUGAGCUGUUGUUUUAUUUCGUCGAUGAAAUAUAGGUGAUGUAGUACACUCUCCUGCUGACUUACUAAAGAAUUUUUUUUUAACAUGACUGAUAAUUUGCUUGGUACCAUCUCCUUGCUGUUGUAUCUUGCAUUUUUAUACAAUACCAGCAGCCACAAGAAAAUAUGUGUUAGUUUUUUCCUCUUUGGGUUUGAGUAAACUGUGAGUGUCUUAACCCUUUUGCAUUGUGAUCUUGUCAUGGUUUCAAGGAAACCAAUGAACUUUUGGAUGGGGAAGGUACAUAGUAAGAGUGCUUCAGCCUAUGAUGGUGCAAUAUUUCUGUGCAACUGCCUGACCAGGAAAGAGUGCUUCGAGAGAAAGCUUUUUGGCCUUUCUUCUCUAUGUGCUGAUUUUGUACAGCAAGUUAAAGCUGGUGCAACUUUAUUCCUGUAUGAUGUCGAGCAGCGUAAGCUUCAUGGAGUGUUUGAAGCAACUUCAGAUGGAGCGAUGAACAUCAUUCCUGAUGCAUAUAUCUCAUCAGGAAGUCAGUUUCCUUCUCAGAUACGUUUCAAGAGGAUAUGGUUUUGCAAGCCUUUGAUGCAAAGUGAAUUUCAAGAUGUAUUGCAUGAUAACUAUUUUUCAUGGACCAAGUUUAGUUAUGGUUUGUCCCACCAACAGGUUGUAAACCUUCUUCACUUGUUUUCUUCAAGGAACAGAUUACAGCCUCGUCAAAAUCCAAGGUCACAGGAUGAACCUCCAAGGGAAUCUGAAUUUUCUUCUGUGAUUAACCAAACUGAUAACUUGUCCGGUUCAAACAGCAUUUCACAUGGUUCACUCAAAAGCCCCUGUCAAACAUGUACCUCCUCCACUGUUGGGGAGCAUGCAGCACCGCCAAGACCAGACAUCUCUGAUGUUGCUAAGUCCAACAACUCGAGGUCGUCCUUGCCCACCAGAGCAAAUACAGACAUUGUCACCGUUGCUGGCAGUGAAAAAGCAAUUGAUGACAACUCUACUGAUGACUUUAUACCGCUACAGCUGGAGGAAGAUAAUUUAGAUGGUGUUGACUAUCUAUCUGAUUUGCUGGAAGAUGAGAGCCAUUCUUCAGAAUCUAAAAGUUGUAGUGACUCUGAAGAGCAUGUUACUUUCCACCAGCCUUGUGACAGGAAGAAAAGUGAAUACCAUCCUCCCAUGGCAAAUUCCAAGCUCCGCUCUGAUAAUGAAGAUCGAAAAAGCGUGUUUGCUCGAUUAAUGGGGAGACCUAGAUCUUUUAGUCAAAGAGAGAAGUCCAAGAUCAAUCCGUUCUCAUCAAAGAAUGUUAAGUCUUUUAGUCCCCUUUCUCGGAGGAAAAAGCGGAGAAGGACACAGCAGAACAAGCCUUUCCCAUGUGACAAUCGUGGAACACUGGAUAUGCCUUCAGCAGAUAAGAUGAGGAGAAUUCCAGCAUUGGACUAUUCAUUUGUCUGGGAUGAUGACAGAAGAUACAACAAGUUCUCUGGUGGAAAACCAAGCAACAUUCAAACAAGCCUACAUCCAUUUGUUCGUGAAGAUGUGAACAAACUGGAUCUAUUUGCUAAAGAACCUGAUAGACAUGAGGCAUCCAAAAAGCUAUUUGUUGCUGAAGGUAGUGGAAAGCUGAUCGAGUCCUGUAACAGAGAAUUAAAUAAAUCCCCAGUGUUUGCUGAAGUACAUGAGAGGUGUGAAGUCACUGUUAAAGAAACCAGGACCCCUUUCUUAGAUUUUAAACGGCGUUCUAAGGAUCCAAAUGUUGGAGGACAUCAGGAUUUUGACACAGUGGAUAUUGAGAAAGAUGCAAAGAAGAAGAUGCGCCUAGCAAGUGCAUCCUUCCAUCAAGAGGAGUAUCAAAGUGACACUGCAUCGGUUCUGAAAGACACCCAAGAUAUGGAUAUACUAGCAAUAUCUGAUGGGAGCUGUAAACUUAAGAGCAUCUCUUUGUCAUCCAAGGACACAUGUAGCCAGGUGGCUAGAGCUUAUUUUGAAACUGACGUGCCCCUGCAAGAUGAACAACAGCAAAGCAUCCAAGGCUGUUCUGAAGAAGUUAUAGGUGUUAAGUCAUUGAUUCUUGAAGAUUCUGGAACUGCAGACUUGUUGCCCAUGCUCAGUUUUGGAAACAGGCAGACUUCUCCAAAUGUUGAAACUAGGAGUGAACUGGCUUCUGGUCAUGUGGAAACUGAGAAGUCCCCACAAGAGAAAGAAUACCAAAGUGCUGGGAGCUGCCAUGUAGUUUUUAAUAUAGAUAAAAUGUUGCUCUCGGAAAAACCUGAAACCAUUGAUUUCUUGUCCAACCAUGAUAAAGGUUGUGGAAGCAAGAUGCGCUUAUCUUCUGAUGGGAAUAACAGGCAUGUUGCUUCUAGUCAUCUGGUUGCUGAAAUGCCUCUGCCAGAAAAAGAAAACCCUAGUGUCCAGAGCUACUCCCAAGUUGUUCAUGGUGUGGCAGAAAAUUCUGAAGAACUGUUCCCCAAGUUUGAUGCAAAUUGUGGAAGGAACAAGAGUUUAUCUUGUGAUGGAAUUGGUGGCUAUGUGGCCAGCGACCUGUACUCCAGUGAUGCUUCACCAGAUCCUGAAAGUCCCAAACCUCUCAGUAACUUUCCUAAAUACCAUGGAGAUAGUGCAAAGAAGAAUAUCUCAUCGGAUGGAAUUUUGGAAAUGGUGGCUACUGAUCAUCAGGAGACCUGUAUGCUCCCGCUGGACGUAAGUACAGGUGACGGAGAUAGUGAACCAAAGACAUCCUUUUAUGAGAAAGAUGCUGAAGCUACGCACUCACCAACAGCCUCUGAAGACCGUGAGGAUACCACCUACACUCCGUCACCGAACGGACGUCGAAGCAAUUCACCUCCUUAUGGUCUGGAACUCAGCAAAGCAGUGCCACAGCCCGAGACGCGAUACCAAAUUUUCCGCAGCGGGCACAAAGCAGGCCAUGAAAACACCGAUACCGAUUCAUCCGCGGUCUGUGCUGAGGGCUACGGAAGCAAGAGUGGCAUGUCGACUGACAGCACCUGUGGCUACCUGGCUGUCGCCGAUGGGCGGGCCAAUCUUCUGGGAACAAGCUCGGAGUCCAGGACGAGUUUCUUCGACGGCUCGUCAAGCGACUUUGCCCAGACGAUCAGGUUCGCACACGACCCUGGAGAAGAGAUGGAGCCGCACUGACCGUGACGCCUUCCCCUUCCCGCAGGCGGCUUCAGAGGACGGUAUCAUCCACCACACCACAAGCACCAGACUUACUCAUGCGGUGACAGCGAACUCCUUCUUUUCUUUGUCUCGUAGUUUCGCUACCUGUAAACGCAUUCCUGUAAGGUGUGCAAAAAUUUAUCUUAAGGUGUGCAAAAAUUUAUCUGAAACUGGUGUAACCCUGGCUGGGUAUCGUUGUUUUUACUCUCUACUCUUUCAGGCAUGUUUAUGUACUCCAGGCCAUAAGAACAAACCUGGUGGCGUACCCUGAAUUAUUUUUUCCUGCUACCCUGAAUAGUAAGAUAUGAAUUGAAAUUGAAGUGCUGAAAGAAUUGUGAGCUA